CUGUGUGGUUAUUUUUGAAUUUAGACCGUUUUUAGGAUUUUCCCCCUCCCACCAGUAUUUCUUACUGAAGGGGGAAAAAAUCCUUAAAACGGGCUAAAUUCAAAAAAUAAGUUAAAUAAUCGACAAAGGACUGGACUUUACCGCAGUCGCAAUCUCAAGAAAUAUACUGAUCGUCUCUGAAUGUUUCUGCCAAUCUUCUCUCUUUUUUUCUCACUUCUAAAUGCACUCCAUUAUUAAUUAAGAUACUUGAUUUGCCGCGACCAUAAAUGAGUAACCGUUUGUCAAUUGUAUUUUUUUCGCUGUUGCAUAUUUUCAGGCAGGGGAUGCCGAUGCUAACGGGGCUGUUGCUGGAGCCUUGUUAGGAUGCAAAUUAGGAGUGGAGCACCUCCCUGAAACUUGGUUGAAUGAUUUGCUGUACCAAGUAUGGCUGGAUGAACAAAUAGACAGGUUAAUAUGCAUGUUAGAAACCAGUCAUAAUUUAGCUGACAAAGACGAGCAAAAGAAAGAACAAGUCUGGGCAGUGAGCACAUAACGUGUGCACUCAGUGAGAUGCAAUUACAUCAAGAAAGACAAGCAUCAGACAAGAGAUUACCUGAACAGGCAAGAGAAGAAAUAGAGAGAAGACUUCACAGCAGCGAGCAGAGAUCACAUGAACUGGAGGUAGCUUUAGCUGCAGAAAGACAAGCAAACGAAGAAACAGAGAGAAGACUUUAUAGCAGCGAGCAGAGAUCAAGUGAACUGGAGGUAGCUUUAGCUGCACAAAGAAAAGCAAAAAGAGAAACAGAGAGAAGAUUUUACAGCAGCGAGCAGAGAUCACGUGAACUGGAGGCAUCUUUAGCUGCAGAAAGACAAUCAAGAGAAGAAACAGAGAGAAGACUUCACAGCAGCGAGCAGAGAUCACGUGUACUAAGGAGAAGACUUCACGACAGCGAGCAGAGAUCAAGUGAACUGGAGGCAUCUUUAGCUACAGAAAAACAAGAAAAAGAAGAAACAGAGAGAAGAUUUUACAGCAGCGAGCAGAGAUCACAUGAACUAGAGACAUCUUUAGCUGCAGAAAGACAAUCAAGAGAAGAAACAGAGAGAAGACUUUACAGCAGCGAGCAAAGAUCAAGUGAACUGGAAACUACACUGGCCACUGUCCAACAAGAAUUUGAAGAGUCACUCAGGUCAAAUGAGCCAUCAUGUGACUGGAUUCUAGAUAGAAAUGAAAUACGUCUAUCGGAUAAAGAAAUUGGAGUAGGAGCAUGGGGGAGGGUGGUUGAAGGAACAUUUGGUGGAUAUGAAGUCGCAGUCAAGGAAAUGCACCAGGCUAUCCUGUCACCUUACAACAAAAGACUUUUUGAGCGAGAGAUGAACAUAGCCUCUAAAUGUCGUCAUCCUUGUCUUCUUCAGUUCAUUGGUGCAACCAACGAUGAUCAAAGUCCUCUCUUCGUGACUGAACUACUGGAGACUAAUCUGAGAGCAGUGUUACGUAAACGUCCACUGGAACCUUCUGAGUUGAUGACUAUUGCACUGGAUGUUGCUAAAGGGCUAAACUAUUUACACCUCAAACGUCCAGCCCCUAUCGUUCAUCGAGACAUCAGCAGUGCCAAUGUGUUGCUAUGGAAAAAAGGUGCCAAUUGGCGAGCAAAAGUGUCAGAUUACGGCACGGCCAAUUUCCUGCAAACGAUAAUGACGGCUUGUCCUGGUGCUGUAAUCUACUCUGCCCCUGAGGCACAUACGCCACAACAAUCACCAAAGGUUGACGGGUACAGCUUUGGAGUUUUAUUAUGUGAGAUGAACAUCCGUGAAAUGCCUGAUGUAAAUAAAAGAAAACAGCAAAUAGCAAGGGUGUCCAAUACGUUUUACAGAAGACUCAUUAGAAGAUGUUUGCUGCAGAACUUUGAGGAACGCUCUUCCAUGGCAGAAAUCAUUGAGGAAAUAAAAAACUCGGAGUGAACGAAAAACAGACAGCAAGGAUUAUUUCCACGUACUUCCCUACGCUGACACAGGGAAUAUGAAAACUGUAGGAUUGUAAUCUGAUAUGCAGCAAUGUAUCAUGGGACACCACAGAAAGGACACUGGCGUAGUAGUGUGUAGUGUAGGAGCGAGUGUGGUAUGCUGAAAUUAAAUUAGGUUCAUUAUUGCAUGACUUGGGUUCUAGCAUAAUAUUGUGCAAAAACUAUACAAUAUUAAGUUAUCAAAAAUUAUAAAAUAACUGUUAUGAAUGUCG